AUGAAGUUUCAUCUCUUGUUUUUUAUUCUGCUCUUUUGGGUCACAGUUUUACCAGCCAAAAAGAGAUAUCCUGAGUAUGGUAGCUUGGAUUUGAGGAAAGAGUGCAGAAGGAGCAAAGGUGAAUGCAGAAUUCAGUGCCUAAGCAAUGAAAUCAGAGUUGCUUUCUGCAUAAGACCGGGAACUCCCUGUUGCAUGAGCAGUUCAGGAUGA